AUGAGUACUCCUUCGACAGCUGAGUUCUACUCCUCGAUAGCGACCUUUCUGCAGUGUCUCAACUUGACCACGAAAUUUGAGGGUCAAGUCCCGAACGAGUUCCAGAUAAUCACCCAUGCACAAGGUAAUGAUGGAGGGUUUAUCCGAUACACGUACAAUCCGUCCGAGAAAAAUGUGACGUAAGUGGGGCGCCGGUGCAAAAUUUCAAUUUUAUGUGCUAGGAUUCAUGUAGGUGACCCUAAUUUUGUGCAUUUUUUUAUUAGUUCGAGAGGGAGGUAUUUUGUUGCGUUUUGAUUCUUCCCGGAUACAAAAUGGCACGUUGUUUGCCACCGGGUUAGGUUGCCACUGUAUCUUUGCUUCCUUUCAGUCACGAGAAACUGGACUUUGUUGACAAACAGACAGGCCUGGAAAAUUAUCGCUUUCACUUGGCGCUGGAAGAAGACAAGCUUCUCGUCGGAGUUUCUGGAUACAAGGAUGAAGAGUGGGGCUUUAUUUUGACAAUUUUUUUUUGUAAGCAAUAUCUGGUUUUUGAUAAGAAAGCCAAAAAUGUAGAUUUUUUAGUACUCUGUAGAUUUUUACAACAAGAAAAGGGAAAAGGGGGGGGGGCAAGGCAGAGAGUCGGCCUCUGCACGCCUCUGAGGUGACUAGACUUGGCUACCGGGCUGGGCCGGCCCGGAGUAGUUACUUACAUCUGUGACUUUGCAGGAUUUGCCCCGUAUUCAACAAAGCUUUCGAGAAAAAGUACUGCGUUGCACAAUCAUUUUCCGAAAUUUUGGGGCUUGAUUUGGUGAUCAUUGGGUGUCACGUACCAUAUGUUAUCCCGUUCAAAUUGAACGGAACCAAGCUUACCGGGUACGCACUCAAAACCGAGAACCAGUUCAACUGCGAGAGCAAUCUAGCAGUGUUUGGAGACAAGAUUGUCUUCAAAAAUAAGGGAGAGGACGUCUGCAAAGAAAUAAAUUGGGCUGUGGAUCACGUUUGGAAAGCGUCGGAAUGCGCAAAGGACGACAAAUUCAAGUUGAAUUCAAAGAACGUCUUACUUUUUCCAUUAGUAAGUUAAAAAAAACGCGUCCCAACUUUUCGGGUCAGGGACGGAUCGGGUCAACGACAUUCCGGGUUAACGAUACCGUUUAAUGUUUUCGCUUCGAGACUGGCAAAAAAGGAUUUUUUGGAGAACUUGAACAAAAUUUUCACGUUUACAUAUAAGAUACGUCCUAUCCUAACAGUCAAGAGCGGAAUAGUUUAUCUAAAAAAAUCCAGAAAUAAAAUUUUUACCCUACUCUGUAAAAUAAAAUUGAAACAUUCAGAUCGACUCUCCACAAAAAAUCUUUUUUUUUGUUUUCUUGUCCCGAAGCGAAAACAUUUCAAAAUUUUGUUAAAUUUUCACAAAGAUUCUUUUUUCCAGUCCCGAAACGAAAAAAUUAAACGAUAUCGUAUCGUUAACCCGAAAUGUCGUUGACCCGAGCUGUCCCUGACCCGAAACGCCGUAGCGCCAAAAAAUUGUUUUGGUUUUAUUUGACAAGGGAAGUACCCGAAGUGCGACGCUCAGAUUUUAAUAAAAAUUGGCAUAGAUGGAGAUCAGAAUUUUCUUAUUCGAUUGCGAACAUCCUAGCUCGCGCUCUGCAGAAUCCGCCGAGAAAGAAGGGCCGGAAUAUCGAAAAAAAUCUUCAAUUGCCGACGAAUUUCCCUGCAAAUUCUCUUGAUCUUGGCAUUUCGUUCCAGGAGAAAAAUAUUUUUUCUCGCAAGAAAUUUUUUCUUGAUAAUAUUCAAGACUAUUUUGUUGCUUCUAUGUGGAAUAUUGUGUGUUAUUUUCAUUUUUUUACACUCUGGACAUGAUUAUAGCGCUAUUAAUUGGAUUGUCGCCAUCCGAGGGGUAAAAUGUUUCGUCCUUUGACGAAUUUAUACAGUUUUUCCUCUGCAGAUGGGCAAACCACUCUAAUAGUUGCUUUAAAGUUGUUUAGGAGACAUGCAAACGUUCUACGGUCGUGUAUGAACAUAAUCUUAAAGUAAGUGUUACAAAAACUUUAUUACGAAAUGCCAAGAUCAAGAGAAUUUGCAGGGAAAUUCGUCGGCAUUUGAAGAUUUUUCGAUAUUCCGGCCCUUCUUUCUCGGCGGAUUCUGCAGAGCGCGAGCUAAGAUGUUCGCAAUCGAAUAAGAAAAUUCUGAUCUCCAUCUUUUUAUUAAAAUCUGAGCGUCGCACUUCGGAUACUUCCCUUGUGAAUCUAAUUCUCUUUUUCAGAACUACAUUCUUCUUAGAUUUUCGGUGGAGAGAUGUAAGCCACCUGGCCCUGAGGUAACCGAUUAUUUAAACAACACCUACAUUAACUACCUGUACAAUCCGAACGCGUGGGUCCUCGCUUUCUGUGAAUUAUAUUUUUUAGAAGUUCCGAGAAUGUGACGAUGGCGACGAUCCAAGAUGAAUCCCCGAAUUGGGCGCUGAUAGGAGGAGGUAUUGGCGGGGCGCUGGUGUUGCUCUUACUGCUGAUAGGGCUGGCCAUUUUUCUCAUUCGACGAUACAAAUAG